AAUCCUUGUAGAGGUUAUGACUUCAAAAUAUGAAUUUCGGACUGUUGGUUAUGGUUGAGGGGAAUAUAGGGUGUGGAAAGUCAACAUUUUUGCGUUACUUUCAGCAGCUUUCUCCUAAAAAUGAAGUCAUGCAUGAACCGCUAUAUUUAUGGAAAGACGCUAGAGGCUAUGAUCUAUUCGAACUUAUGUAUCAUGAUCAACGCCGAUGGUCUGUUCCUUUUCAGGCUCAGGUCCUUGUGACAUUACUAGACCGUCAGUCAAAACCACCAACUAAACCAAUACGCCUAUUGGAAAGGUCAAUCCAUAGCAGUCGGUACUGUUUUACAGAAAAUAUGCACAAUAAUGGGAGUAUUUCAGAUGCUGACUAUGAAGAACUCCUCAAAAUUUUCCAAUGGAUAUUGAAGAAUAAAAGUGGACCAGUAGAUCUAAUCGUAUAUUUACGUGCAAGUCCAACUGUUUGCUUCGAGCGUUUACGUGCUAGAAAUCGUUCUGGUGAAGAAGAUAUUCCUCUUAGAACAGGUCGUCGACCAGGAUUCUCCAACCAACUGCGUCCCGGGUUCCCCUUUCCAGUUGUUUUCAAUUGCUACUCAUUCUCUUGGUGUCUGCCUCCGAUUCUUGACGCUAUGUGUUCCUUAGUCUUCCUCUUCUCAUGGUGAGAGUGGGCAGCCUUACCUGACACCAGUCAUCACUUGGAGUGCAUCUGUGACCUGUCCUCCAUACAGGAAUUUGUAGUGUAGUCGGUCUUAUGAAUUUCGUAUGAUGUUAGUUUGCCUUGCUUAUUCUUGACUGAUCGUUGAUAUGUUGUCUGAUCCUGCUGCUUUCCCAAACCUUUUUGAUGGUCAUGCUGAUCUCUUUAAUUGUUGAUGGGGAAACAACUGUGGGAAGUUCUGUAGGUGCUACUUUGAUGCUCAGUGGGGUUGGUGUAUCCAAAAGUUCUGUAAAAUGUCCGGCCUACUUGUUACUCUGCUCUUGAAUCUUAGUGAUUGGUUUGCCUUGUUUGUUCUUGACUGAUCGCUCUGGUUUACUAUAUUUCCUCUUCAGUUUUUUCGUCGUAUCAUAUAGUUGUCUCAUAUUUCCUUCUAUUGCACCUUUUUCCGUUGCCAUUGGAGUACAUGGCCUGUUAUGUACCUUAAUGGUGUUCUCGUGGCGUUCGAGUUGCUUGAUGUGCUAAGGGAAAUAGGGUAGCGCAUGACGCUAUUGUUGCCUGUUAGAUGCAAAGCGUGUUAUACGCUAUGUGCAUGUGCUUUUCUCCGUUAUUCUUCCUUAUGUAAUACAUCAUGGCUUUAAAACUUAUAGAUGUAUGCGAUUAUGUUUUCAGUUUUUAAGUGAUUAUGUGAUGCACAUUUUAUUCACACUGUUCUUUAAGUUUAUGAUGUACUGUGUGUACGUAUACCCAUUCGAAGAAUAUAUCACUAAACAUUUCGGUUUCUUUGUUAUACAGAAAUACCUUGAAGAUCUGCAUGAAUUACAUGAAGCUUGGUUAAUUAAACGCCGUUUCGGUCAGCUACCUGCUCCUUUAUUAGUAUUCGACUGUAAUGCACCAUUGCCUGAACUUUUAUCAACCUAUCGGUCGCAUAGAGAACAAGUUAUGUGCGGCGUUGAGGCAUGAUUAAAGGAGUUUUAUACUGUUAAAAACGAGCUAUUAAAUUUCUGUUAUUUGUAUUUCGCUCUUUUAUUCAAGGCUCAGAAUUGUGUACAGAAUUGCAAGUACUUUUUACAUUUCAUUUUUACAUGUUUGUGUGUUUUCAAGUUUUUAACAAAACAUACUAUGUAUUAUAUAUGUUCUCAAAAUAUCUGUAAUAUAUGCUUUCGCCAUGCAAUUUUUCGG